AUGGGCGUCGCCGUUCUAAAUCCCCAGGACUGUUUGAAACAAAAUUUCCCUCACAUGAAAUAUCCUCGUAAUCCUACCUCAUGCCCUAACAGGCAGAAAAAGCCGGUCACCAACCGCACGCGCCGGAGCCCUCCGCGCAAUCAGGCUUCCCGAUCUCCUCCCGUAGCGCCGCCGCUUCCUCCUCAUCGCGCUACCUUCUCUGCUUUCGUUUCAAAGGGAACGGCGAAGAAGAGUCCCAACAACGGCGUCGUCGCUGGUCAGUUUAGACUCCUGAAACGAGGCGAGGCAAUCCCUAAGAAGACCUCCGAUCUUGUUGUUGAGGCAAUCCCUAAGAAAGCCUCCGAUCUGGUUGUUGAGGCAAUCCCUAAGAAAGCCUCCGAUCUGAUUGUUGAGGCAAUCCAUAAGGAGACCUCCGAUCUGAUUGUCGAGGCAAUCGCAGAUCUGGUUGUGGAAAAGCCAGAUCUGGGAUCUACUCGCCGGAUUGGACCAGCUCCGGAUAUGAUUCCGAGUCAGAUCCGUUUCUCUAGCCGCAAAUCGAAGAAAGCCCCACUUUACGCUGGGCCUGUGACCAUGACCUCGCCGCCUCCGAGCGACGUCCCGCUUCCUGCUCGAAUUUUUAAUACGAAGACUACCAACGAUCUUACCAACGGUCUUAUCAAAUUGCUCUGCUUAGACAUCGCUUGA